GAUCCGUGGCUGGUGGGGUAGCGCCCCGCCCCGAGGCGCUCGUGCGACCGCCGGCGAACGCCCCUCUCUUCCGCCGCUCCCCGUCCAGCCCCGCGGAAGAGAUCGUUACCGGAGCGAAAAGCGUCCCGCCCGCUCCCUGAGCAGUGCCCUGCCAUUGGCUGUCCUGCCGGAGCGGUCGCUUUGAGGAGUUUGGAUUGGCCUCCGCGUAGCGACGUCGCAGGGAAGCUGCUCGCCGAUUGGCUACGGCCUUUGGCGGCGACUCUGGCGGGGGGGGGGGUUCGUAACGGGGGUGAGGGCGGGUGUGGCGGCGCUGCGCCCGGGCCCCCGUCCCUGGGGCGGGAGCCGCUGUCCCUCCGCCGGCGUCCCGCCGCCGCCGCCAGCCGCCCUCCGGGCCGCGCCGAAGGCUCCCUGGAGGGCGCCGGCAGCGGCGAGGCGGCUCCUGUCGGGGCCGGAGGCGCUGCGAGGCGGGCGGUGCGGCGGCGCGGGCCCGGCUGCGGCUGCUCUGCUCCCCCCCCCGCAGCCGCCCCUCGCCGCCCUCCCCGCUGACGGAGGAGCCGCGGACGGGUGGUGCCGCUCACCUUUCUCUGUGCCAGCGUGGGCUGCGGGAGAGCCGGGCGGCCCCUCUCGGUGCCUCGACCGUGGGACACGCCUGGCUUUCCAGUCACGGGCUCUCGGUGACCUCCCGCUCUUCCCCGUGCCUCAGGCAGUAGCUGCGGUGGAGUGGCUUCGCGUGAGUGGAGCGUACAAAACGGCUUGGCCAAGGUCGUCAUAAUCAUGGUUAAUUUCACCACUUUAAUAACAGAUAAUUCGCCUCAGUGCUGUAUCAGGAAAUGGACUGGGACCAGUUUGACUUGAACCCUAAAGUAAUUGCUGCCCUUAAGAAAGCUGACAUAAAAUCAAUAAAAGAGAUUUUAAAUCUUUCUGGAGCAGACUUGCAAAGAUUGAUGAAACUGUCCAGUGCAGAUGUACAGUGCUUACUGAAAACAGUCUCUCACAUGCUGAGGAGAAAUAGUAUGCUUACAGCACUUCAGCUCUACCAAGAUAAAGAUCAUCUCACCUCCCAACACCAGAAGCUAAGCCUAGGAUGUUCGGUACUAGAUACCUUGUUAAAAGGUGGCAUUCCUUUAGUGGGAAUCACAGAACUUGCAGGGGAAAGUUCUGCUGGGAAGACUCAGAUUAGUUUACAACUGUGCCUUUGUGUGCAGUAUCCUUACAAAUAUGGUGGAUUAGAAUCUGGAGCUGUGUACAUUUGUACAGAAGAUGUAUUCCCAAGUAAACGUUUGCAACAACUCAUAGAUCAACAACAUAAGCUGCGUGUGGAUGUUCCAGCUGAAAUCAUACAGAAGAUCAAAUUUGGAAACAGUAUUUUUGUUGAGCAUGCAGCAGACCUAGAUACCUUUCACAACUGCAUUACUAAAAGGAUUUCGCUACUGCUCACAAGAGGCAUGGUGCGGUUGGUGGUCAUAGACUCUAUUGCCGCUUUGUUCCGAUGUGAAUUUGGAGUUUCAGAUUCUGUUACGAAGGCUCGGUAUUUGCAGACAUUUGGAGCACAGCUUCACAGUUUAAGCACUAGAUUCAGGACUCCAAUAAUGUGCAUUAAUCAGGUGACCGAUGCAGUGAGUGAGUCGGAAGCUGCUCAGUGCAGUUGUAGUGUAGUGGAUAAGAGAGUCUCUCCAGCACUUGGAAUAACCUGGGCAAAUCAGCUGCUAAUGAGACUGAUGGUCAGCCGAAUAUCACAACCUGAACAAUCGUCUGGAGUUGCGUCACACCUCACUGGAAGUGUGAGGACUUUAAGAGUAGUUUUUGCUCCUCAUCUCCCUCCAUCCUCUUGCUACUAUACAGUAAAAUUGGAAGGUGUAAAAGGAAUAAAUACAUCCUUUGCAUAGUAAAGCAUCCUGCUCCAAAAAUGUAUCAAAACUACUUUGCUUCAGGAAGAAUUAUUGGUAAAAUUAGAUUUUUCCUGGAUGACAGAAAUGGAUGCUGAAAUACAUAAAUAGUUAUAUGACUACAUUAAGCCCCGUCUACAUUGUGAAAGAAGAUCUCUUUAUACUUGGAUAUAUGUUUAGCAGCUUAUCCUCAUGAGACAAGUAUUCAGAAGGAGAGUAAAGCUGUGGGCAGGUGGAGGCUGCACAAUGAAGUGUGAUGUGGCAAUCUCUAUGUUAGGGGAGACCUGAUUUCUAAUUUUGUUUUAAUAGCAUGUCAAUCUAGAAACAGUAUUUACUGCAA